GCUGUUAAAACAAACCCUAUAAACCAACCCAAAAAAAACCCUCUCGAACUGCGCCCAGUGAGCAUCGACGAUGAACGGACGCGCGAACGAAAGCAAGCACCACAAGAAGAAGAAGAAGAGGAAAAGGAGAGACGAAGCGGAGCAAGAGAAGCCCAAGGAGACGCCGCCCACGGUCUCCAUCGCCGUCUCCGGCUCCAUCAUUGACAACGCCCAGUCCCUCGAUCUCGCCACACUCCUCGCCGGUCAGAUUGCUAGAGCCGUCACUAUUUUUCGGAUCGAUGAGGUUGUUGUUUUUGAUAGUAAGGCCACAUCAAGUGAUGUUUCUGUAGAAACGAGAAUGAAUGAUGAUGAAGAGAACGAAAGAGGUGCUCCUUUUCUCGUGAGAAUUUUGCGUUAUCUAGAGACUCCCCAGUAUCUACGGAAGCAUCUCUUUCCCAUUCACAAGAACUUGAAAUGUGUGGGUUUGUUGCCACCGCUUGAUGCUCCUCAUCAUUUGCGCAAGCAUGAAUGGUCCUCUUUCCGUGAAGGUGUAACCUUGGAAAGAAGUCCCUCUAAUACUACAGGGACACUCGUUGAUGUUGGGUUGAGUAAGAGUGUUGCUGUAGAGCAAGAACUUGAACCUGGAAUCCGGGUAACUGUGGCUAUGGGGACCAAUCGUAGUUUAGGAACAGAUUGCAUGAGAGAAGUUGUUUCAUCUAUGAGCCCAAGAGAAGAAGGAUUGUAUUGGGGGUAUAAAGUCCGAUAUGCUUCAAAUAUAUCAAGUGUUUUCAAGAACUGCCCAUUUAAGGGUGGAUAUGAUCAUAUUAUUGGUACUUCUGAGCAUGGCCUCAAAAUCAAAUCAUCAGAGCUUAUUAUACCUGCAUACAGACACCUUUUGAUUGCUUUUGGAGGACUGGGCGGCUUGGAGGAAAGCAUUGAAGAAGAUGGGGAAAUGAAGGGAAAGCAUGUUAAUGAUGUCUUCAGUUCAUACUUGAAUACUUGUCCUUUGCAAGGGAGCAGAACAAUCAGAACAGAGGAAGCAGUUUUCAUAUCCCUCCAGUAUUUCCAAGAAGCAAUCAACAAAGCAGGGGAAAAAAUUUAAAGGGGUACCAGAUUUUUGGUAAGAGUAACAAAAGUCUCCGUAAUUGUGGGAUUUUGAGUGUGGCCAUGCAGGAUUGUCCAGAAGAUUUUUAAGUUCAGCAGAGCUUGCCCCUGUGAUUUUAAUUUUGUUUUGUUUUGUUUUUUUAUUUAUUUUUUCUUGUAUAUUCAACUAAAAGAAUAUCUUGUUUAUCAUUAUUAAUGGUCUAGUGCAAAUUUCUGAACAAACAGACUUUGCAAGAAGACUCUUAUGUUGUACGUGUAAUUUAGUUUUGGUGUCAAUUUAGAAUCAUGCAAUUUGUUUU